AUGGCAUGGGGGGAGGCCUUGAGUCCCGUCCAACUAUCAAAACUCGCCCGCAUCUCAAGCCGGAUCGAGGAGUCCAUCCAACCACCACCGACCUGCUUGGAGCAUUCCAAGGCGCAGAGCAUUCGACAUGUACCAAGCCCACCAGCCACACCCAGCUGCGGAAGCGACGCCGGCCUCGAGGACCAGGCAGACGCCUUGGAGGCCAUUUUGACCUCUGCCGAAGAUCUGUACUCUCUCCUCCCCGAGCUCCAACAGGGCGAGGUCCGUGCGGCCCAGGAGCUUCUCAGGGACGCCGUCACCUAUCUGCACAGCCACACACUCCGUGGUGAAAACAUGCACGUUGCUGUCGCACAUCUUGCCGUGUCCGAUGCACAGCGGUCGAGACUCCUCCGCCUCUACUACGACGCCGUCGCCGCUGCCGGAUACGAAAUUGCUCGGCCAACGACGGGUCUUUUCAGCAAGUCUAGUACGGACAAUGACCUACCCGCCGGAUCAGUGUACACCGUCUUUGGUGGUCAAGGUCUGAGGGGAAAUUGUCUCCAAGAGCUGCAGGACCUGCGCAGAACAUAUCCCUCCUUCACGAGAGAUCUCGUUGACGACGCGACCGCGCUGUGUCGUCAGCUCAUGGCUACAGAGUCGUCUGUGGAACAGAGUCUGCCGUACGGCCUCGACAUCCGCGCCUGGCUACAGGACCCGACGCAAGUACCCGAGCUCUCCUACCUCACAUCGACACCCGUCAGCACGCCUCUCAUCGGCCUGGUCCAGCUCGCCCACUAUGAAGUCACAUGCAGAGUACUAGGCCUGACGCCGGGCCAGUUUGGGCGGCAUGUUGCUGGAACCACCGGUCACUCCCAGGGCAUCCUCGUGGCCGCGGCGACAGCCAUGGCGGAUGACUGGUCAUCGUGGCGCCAGGUGACGCGCGCCGUCAUCACAGCCCUAUUCUGGAUCGGCGUGCGGACGCAGCAAACGUGGGACCGGCUUGAAGUCCAUGGCAGCAUGUCGGAAGCCCUGACGCAAGACUGCCUCGACCAUGGCGAAGGCGUUCCCUCGCCAAUGCUCCACAUUCGUGGACUCGACAAGGCGUCAUUGGAAACAUGUCUCGCGUCCAUGGCGCGGUACAUUCGGCAUAGCAGCCAUCGUAGCAAGCUGGGCAUAUCCAUCACCAACGGGCCGCGCAACGUCGUUGUGUCCGGUCCGCCAAGGUACCUGUACGGCUUGUCUCUGCAAGUCCGCAAGGCAACUCUACAAAAGGGACUGUCUGGAGCAAGCGAGACCGCCAGAGUCGUGGCCGCCAAGUUCCUCCACGUCAGUGUGCCCUUCCACUCCGACUUGCUUGCCGAGGCCGUGUCGACGAUCCGACACGACCUCCGAGACCUGGACGCGCCGGCCGGCGCUUUGCGAGUCCCGGUCUUCAGCCCCGAGGACGGCUCGUUGCUCGGCGCCGGGUCUCACAAUGGGGCGAACGGGAGCAGCAGCGUCUUGCAGACACUGGUGAAGCAGGUGGUUUGCCGGCCGGCGAACUGGCAAAAGGCCACUAUGAACUUGGCAGGGUCAGGGGCAGGGUCAGGAGCAGGGUCCCCGGGUCCUCCACCCGUCCUGGACUUUGGGCCUGGAGGCAUCCACGGGAUCAGCUCCCUGUUGCCAGACCGAUCCCGCACGAUUCUUGCCGGCGCAUUAAGCCGAGGUCAAGCGAGCAUGGGUUGCAAAGCCGACCUCUUCAUGUAG